AUUUUAUUAAUUAUUAAUAUUAAUCAUCCUUCAUCAUUCUUCUUUUCUCUUAUCAAUUUCAAUAACCCGUUACUUUCUUUUGCUCUUAUUGCUCAAAAAGCUUCCAACUUUCGAUCUCCGACGUCGUUUCACCAGCUUCUUACAUUAAGGGUAUGAUUCUGCUCUCUAUGUUUUGAGAUUUUCUCCAUUGAUUCAGACCCAUUUCUCACUUCAUCUUUGGUCUCUUUUGUCCAUUUUCUUCAAAAAAUAUUUCCUUGUUGUUUUCCAAAUUAGUAGUUUUUAAAGCUUAAUUGUUGACCUGGGUUGUUUAGGAGUAUGAUCAAUUCAUCAUUACCAAUUAAGUUAGUGUAAUUGUAGAAAUAUAAUACAUGGUUAAGCUAUGAUGGCUAACUUGUGAAAUUUUUAGGGUUUUGAUAAUUAGUCUCACACAAGCUUAAUCUGUUUUGGAUUAAUUCUGUUAGUGAAAAUGUCAUCUGCUGGUGUUACCACUCUUAGUCCUGUUCCUAAUGAGCCAUUGUUGUCUCCAAAAGCAUUUCAUUUUCCAUCUCACUUGUGUUUGGAAGACAAAUCCAUUUUCAUAUUUCUCUCAUUUUCGGGUUCGUUGACUCCUAUUCGUGUUAUGGAAUGGGAUACUAUUGAGUCUGUUAAAUUCAAAAUCCAAAGGUGUGAGAGUCUUCCGUUUUUAACUAACAAACAGAAGUUGGUUUAUGCCGGUCGAGAACUUUCUCGAAGUGAUACUCUACUCAAGGACUAUGGAGUAACAGAUGGAAAUGUUUUGCAUUUGAUAAUCAAACUCUCAGAUCUCCAGCUCAUCAAUGUGAAAACGUCUUCUGGGAAAGAAUUCUCUUUUCAGGUGGAAAGAGGUAGGGAUGUCGGGUACAUCAAGCGACGGAUUGCUAAAAAGGAAAAACAAUUUGACAAUAUUGAGCAGCAGGAACUUGUGUGUAAUGGUGAACGGUUGGAGGAUCAGAAGCUUAUUGAUGAUAUCUGCGGCAAGCAUAAUGAUGCAGUGGUGCAUCUUUUUGUCAGAAAGAGGCAUGCGAAAGUUCAUAGACGACCCCUCGAGUUGUCCAUUGUAGCAACAGACUUGGCUGAUAACAAAACUAAAGAUGUUUGCGGAAAUUCUCUUGAGAGAAAAUUUGAAGCUGGUUAUACUGAUGUCAUUCAAAAAGUGGUGCCAAGAAAGCCUCCUGAGAGAGAUUUUCUUUUGGAGCCGAUUAUAGUUAACCCUAAAAUUGAGUUAGCUUCAGCAAUUCAGAAUAUGGUAAACUCUACAUACGGUGGGUUAGCUAAUGAAAACUAUCCAAUAGGAUCUGCUGAGGGUACAGGAGGAGCUUACUUUAUGCUUGAUUCAGCUGGUCAGAAGUAUGUUUCUGUUUUUAAGCCUAUUGAUGAAGAACCAAUGGCUGUGAAUAAUCCUCGAGGUCUUCCAUUAUCGUUAAAUGGCGAAGGCUUAAAAAAGGGUACAAGAGUUGGUCAAGGAGCAUUCAGAGAGGUUGCGGCUUAUGUUUUGGAUCAUCCAAUAAGUGGACGCCGCAAGUUAUUCGGUGAUGUGAAGGGUUUUGCCGGCGUUCCUCCAACAUUGAUGGUCAAGUGCUUGCAUAAAGGAUUUAAUCACCCGGGAGACUUGAUUGCUAAGAUUGGAUCCAUGCAGAUGUUUGUGAAAAAUAAUGGAAGCUGUGAAGAUAUUGGUCCUGGGGCUUUCCCGGUAAAAGAAGUACACAAAAUUACUGUUCUUGACAUAAGACUGGCGAAUGCAGAUAGGCAUGCUGGGAAUAUUUUGUUCAGCACAGAGGAGGGUAGUGACCAGUCUGUUCUGGUUCCAAUUGAUCAUGGCUACUGCUUACCAACAAGUUUUGAAGAUUGUACCUUUGAAUGGCUUUACUGGCCCCAAGCCCGCAAGCCAUAUUCCCCGGAAACUAUCGAGUACAUAAAGUCACUGGAUGCUGAAGAAGAUAUUGCUCUUUUGAAGUUUCAUGGAUGGGAUCUGCCAAUUGAAUGUGCCCGCACUCUUAGAAUCUCAACCAUGCUUUUGAAGAAAGGGGUUGAAAGAGGAUUGACACCUUAUGCCAUUGGAAACCUUAUGUGCAGGGAAUCAUUGAACAAGGAAUCUGUGAUAGAGGAAAUAGUUGAAGAAUCACUGGAAUCUGUACUUCCUGGCACGAGUGAAGCUACAUUGCUGGAUUCCGUUUCACAAAUCAUGGACCGGCGCCUCGAUAAGAUUUUCAACUCUCUUUUUUAAUUAGAGUUGAGUUCUAAACAAUAGUAGCGAGUAUAUAAAUCUGUGUACAAAUAGUACAUAUGUAUAGCUUGGAUUUUUAGUUCAUGACAAAGGAGGUCUGUUUUCUUUGGUUGGAAUCUCACACCAUUCUUUGCUAUAUAACUUCUUAGGUUUUCACUUUUCAUUUUCUUUUAGUUUCCUACAGAUAACAAAUUCUUUCAGAGUUUGUAGUUGAUUUCUUUAUUGAAUUUGAAUUCCAAGAAUAGCAGUCAAACCUUUUCACUGUUUGGAUUGUGAGUUGAUAAUAUGAUUUCUUGUUCUGAACGUUGUUUGAUAUA